AUGUGUAACAAUUGUGGCUACAACGACGCAUUGAUCAGUCGAUUCAUGCAUUAUCAAGCGCAUAUGCUUCAUCUUGUCUCGGAUUUCGCUGUUGCCACCUUACGACAACAAGUCGGGGGGGCAACUUUUGACACUCCUGUUAAUCUAUUAGACAGAGUGAAUACAACUUCUGAGGCCAAUACAGUUUCUACUCCUGAUUCUGCCUCUGCUCAGACAAAAACUUCCUUUACAAGUGCUCCAACUCAGUCUUCUUCGCACCUCGACAUGCAAACGCCCUCGAACCCUGUCAUUGUAGAGGCCGCCAGCUCUAGCCUCGCUUCUUCACAAGAAGCGGUGCCUGAAACUUCAACAACACCGACUGAGGCCCCCACGCGCCGACAUCCUACGGUUCCUCGGCGCUUUUUAAUAGUUCCAGAGAUGGAGGGUCAACUUGUGCAUGCCAGAAUUAACAUUGAGCCAACUACGCUCAUGCUAGCUAGGCCGAUUUCUCAACCAUCGGCUCCCAUUAACACAACUAGUGAUGCUUUAGCAUCAGUCGAUCCAUCUGGUUCAGAUGCCAGUAAUGCUCGGUCGUCAUCUGAGAGCAGACUUAGUGAACAAUCUAUUUGGUAUGCCAGGUUAAUAUCAAACAUCAUAGGUUUUAGUAUUUACAAAAAUUCACAGUAA